AUGGCGUCCCAGAAUCAGCCUCUCGAUAUCACGGUGCUCGGCUUGAACAGCGGCACCUCUAUGGAUGGCAUUGACUGUGCUCUAUGCCACUUCCGACAGGAAACUCCCGAGUCUCCCAUGCACUUCGAGCUGCUCAAGUAUGGAGAAAUCCCUCUCGAACAGACCAUCAAGAAACGGGUCAUGAACAUGAUCCUGCACAACAAGACCUCUCCCUCGGAGUUAUCAGAAGUCAAUGUCAUCCUCGGAGAGACAUUCGCUGCCGCCGUCAAGCAGUUCUGUGAAGACUACAAGGUCGACAUUUCCACAAUUGACGUCAUCGGCUCUCACGGCCAGACCAUCUGGCUGCUGUCCAUGCCUGAAGCCGGCGAGGUGCGAAGCGCCCUGACCUUCGCCGAGGGCACCUUCCUUGCCUCGCGCACUGGCAUCACUUCCGUCACCGAUUUCCGAGUCAGCGACCAGGCGGCCGGCCGACAGGGCGCCCCUCUCAUUGCAUUCUUUGAUGCUCUGCUCCUCCACCACCCGACCAAGCUGCGCGCGUGCCAGAACAUCGGUGGUAUCGCCAAUGUCUGCUUCAUUCCUCCCGACUCCCAUGGCGGCGUCGACGCCUGCUACGACUUUGACACCGGUCCCGGAAACGUCUUCAUCGAUGCGGUAGUCCGCCACUACACCAACGGCGAGCGCGAGUUUGACAAGGACGGCGAGAUGGGCGCCCGCGGCACCGUUGACCAGGAGCUUGUUGACGAUUUCCUCCAGAAUCACCCCUACUUCCGAUUAGAUCCGCCCAAGACCACCGGCCGCGAAGUUUUCCGGGAUACAUUGGCAUUCGAAUUCAUUCGCAAGGCAGAGAGCAAGGGCCUGAAGCCCGACGAUGUCGUCGCGAGCAUCACCCGAGUGACUUCACAGGCGAUUGUCGACCACUACCGGCGAUAUGCUCCUGAAGGUCUCGAGAUCGAAGAGAUUUUCAUGUGCGGAGGCGGCGCGUUCAACCCCAACAUUACCAAACACAUCCAAGAGAACUACCCCAAGGCGAAGAUCAUGAUGCUCGAUGAAGCCGGUAUUCCGGGAGGUGCCAAGGAGGCCAUCACCUUUGCUUGGCAGGGUAUGGAGGCCAUCGUCGGUCGCUCGAUCCCAGUUCCGACACGUGUUGAGACGCGUCAGGAGUAUGUGUUGGGCAAGGUCGCGCCGGGCAGGAACUACCGCAAGGUCAUGCGGCAGGGGACGCUCUUUGGUGCUGGACGCGAUCAUCUCGCGCCGGUCAGUGAGAUGGUCAAUUAUGUUGACGGGAAGGUUUUCAAUAAUAAGUGGUAG